UUAACAAAUGUGGCCAGCUGUGGCCGAAUAAAAUUUGCAUUUUUAUAAAUCAUUAUGUAUUAUAAUGAAUUGAUAUUGUGUAAUUAUCGCAGUUGUUAUACACAAUUUUGUACGAACAAUCUGAGCAAUAAUAUUUGCGUGAAGUCACGAGAGUUUGUAACAAUGAAAUUGCAAUGUCCUUCCUUCGGUCUGUAAACGAAUGUAAGGAAUUUUUAAUAAAGUUAUAUACAUCGAUUGAGAAUGUAGAGAAGCUCCACGCUUCUAAAUGCAAUCUGUAGACUUUUUCGAAUUAGCGGUUCUGAAUUCGGAAUUUCGCGCUCUUGCCGCACGAGGUCUUCGAUAUCUUCGAGAUCAAUUCGAGGAGAGAAUGCGCACGCUCGCCGAUAAGUUGGUUUUAUAACCCAUAAAGCGGUGUACGCGCGCGACAGGCGUCACUUUAUGUAUGUAAACACUUAACUUAUUUAUUCUACUUGCGUGUAUGGCGACGCUGCUGUUCUCUUUUACCUCCAAUUUAAUUUCCAACGUACUUCCAACGUGGCGGAGAGCGAUGGGACAUUACAGCUUCAACGCGGUAUAACCUUCAAGCGCCGUCGGUUCCUGGUAUGUCCCGCAGAGGGAGAAUCCAAAAAAAAAAAAAAGGUUCCUGCUUGACCUGCAUGCUUCAUCGCGUCCGUCGAAACCUUGAUUACAAAACAUGGACGUUGACGAGAACAUGGAAUACACGCUGGACGACGCUCUCGGGGCACUGCGGGAGAAAAAGGCGGAACAGGAGAGAAUUAUCGACGAUCUGAUAAACAAGAUAUCGAACAACGAGGUCUUCACGCUGAAACCGUCCAGCUCGCUGGAGGACGUGAAGGUGAAGCAGGACAGAUUGCACGAGAGCCUGCGAAAGGAGGUGCUGCAGGUGCAGCCGGAAGACUAUCCGAUUCCGAGAACGUCCGACCUGCGCGUGGAAGUGAUGACCGAGAUGGAAGCGGGGAUACGCGAGAUGCAGGAGGUCCUCGACAAUCUGCAACGGAGUCUCUCCAGCAUCCAGGAAGACGUCGUGUAUUUGAGAAGCAAGAAGAAGGGACUGGAUGAAAUGCGGCAAGCUAAUCUGGAUAUCACGGAGACCUUCGCAAACAUAACGUACAAGAAGGAGACCAUCCUGACGAAGAAGCUAUUUCAGCAAGUGAAGAAUGAUCUGCACAACGUGGUGGAUACCAUUUUUCCGAACAACGAAGGCUUGAAAGAGUUCUUAGCGACGCUAACGUCAGCUUAUACGAAAGGAGGGGAUAACGUCUACGUAGACGUCACGCCGGACGUUGUUAGUUACAUAAAUUUCCUACUGGAAGCUGAUUUAAUACAAUACCACCCUAACGACAAGAAUAAAGUCAGAAUGACCGAGUUAUUAUAGUGUCCGAUAAUUAGCUAAUAUUUUACAAUCUCGUCCUCUACAACAGUGCGGCGCAGUAUAAAAUAACCGAUGGACAAGUCAGAAAUAGAAAAACGCUUGUUUGUAAAUAUGAUUGCUUAAAGUAAUAUAAAAUCUUUUCUACCACAAGAA